AACACUAAUAGCAAAAAAAAUCCUCUCCUCUUUUGGCCUUUGCUCAACUUAUUUAGCUCCAAUGCUAACCUUCAAUCUUCUUUUUUAAGCUUUAAGAGAUCUUGACAUUAACAUAAUAAGAGAGAAAAUGGGGAAAAAAAAAAAAAAGUCUUUUGGAUUUGGGUUGUGAGAGCAAUUCAAAAGUAGACCCCUGUCUUUAUUAGACAAAUUAUUAUUUUUUAUUUUUAAACAAUUCAGGCUUUGAAAAAAAAAAAUCUAUAAUAAUACGCAUAGACCCUCUUAUAAAUUCCUCAUCACUUACUCAAAAAUCUCACCUCAAAAGUCCACUCUCUCUUUACUACUCCUGCUACUGCCACUUCUUCUACUGCUGCUACUACUACUAAUACUCUGUUUUCUUCCUUUCUUUUUGUCUCUCAAUAAAUCUGGUUAUAAUGGUGGCGAAGAAGCCGAGAAUCGUGAUAAUCGGAGCUGGAAUGGCGGGGCUGACGGCGGCGAACAAGCUCCACACUUCCUGUUCUCCGGCGGCGGCGUUCGAGCUCGUGGUGGUGGAGGGAGGAUCUCGGAUCGGCGGCAGGAUAAACACGUCGGAGUUCGGCGGCGACAGGAUCGAGAUGGGCGCCACGUGGAUCCACGGCAUUGGCGGGAGCCCGGUCCACGAAAUCGCCCGUGAAAUCCACGCGCUGAGCUCCGACCAGCCGUGGGAGUGCAUGGACGGCUCGUCGGAGGACCCGGCCCGGUUCACCACCGUCGCCGAGGGCGGCUUCGAGCUCGACCGGUCCCUCGUCGAACCGGUCUCCACACUCUUCAAGUCCCUCAUGGACUACGCCCAGAAGAAAACGGUCGACCACAAUGACUACUAUAAAAUUGCUUGCAAGUCUUCAAACGUUUUUCCCUCCACUAAUGGCAGUCUCAGCGUCGGUUCUUUUCUGAGAAAAGGACUCGAGUUGUAUUGGGGUUCGAAAGAAAAAGAAGAAGAGGAGGUUUUGGGGUACGGGAAUUGGAACAGAAAGUCGUUAGAAGAAGGGGUUUUUCGAGUCCAUGAAAACACCCAGAGAACUUACACUUCCGCCGGUGAUUUGUUCACUUUGGACUACGUCACCGAGAGCGAAUACCGUAUGUGCUCAGGUGAGGAGAUCACCAUAGCAAAAGGGUAUUUGAGUAUAAUUGAGUAUCUGGCUUCUGCUCUACCACCUGGCUUGGUUCAGCUUGGGAAAAAGGUCAAGCAAAUUGAGUGGCAGAUUGAGAAGAAUGGCUUGGAAAAUGGCUAUGGAAGCAGUGAUAACGAUAGUGAAUAUAAUGAUAGUAAUAGGCCUGUGAAGAUACACUUCUGUGAUGGGUCUACUAUGGUGGCUGAUCAUGUUAUUGUGACGGUUUCAUUGGGUGUGCUUAAAGCCGGUGUCCAAGAGAGCGGAAAUAUGUUCAAUCCUCCUUUGCCUUGUUUCAAGACUGAGGCGAUACAAAGGCUUGGUUUUGGUGUUGUCAACAAGUUAUUUGUGCAGCUCAACAACAACAACAACAACAACAACAAGAGCAAGAACGACUUUCCAUUUCUACAAAUGGUGUUUCGCAAGGCGGAUUCGGAGCUUAGGGAAGAGAAGGUGCCGUGGUGGAUGAGGAAGACUGCUUCUAUGUUCCCAAUUUAUGAGAAUUCCAAUGUGCUCUUGUCUUGGUUUGCCGGCAAGGAGGCUCUUGAGCUUGAGUCAUUGAGGGAUGAGGAGAUCAUAGGCGGCGUUUCGGCGACGAUUUCUAGCUUCUUGGCCAAACCCCACGACAAGUUGUUGUGCAAUGGGAAUGGGAGUUUGGAGGAGGAGGAGAAGAACAAGUGGUAUGAAGUGAAAGUGAAAAAGGUUUUGAAGAGCCAAUGGGGAAAUGAUCCUCUCUUCUUGGGGUCUUAUAGUUAUGUUGCGGUCGGGUCGAGUGGAGAUGAUUUGGACAGAAUGGCUGAGCCAUUGCCGAGAAUUGGAAGCCAUGAAUCUGCUAAUUCACCUCCACUUCAGCUUCUGUUUGCUGGGGAAGCAACACACAGAACACAUUAUUCCACCACUCAUGGAGCUUACUUUAGUGGUCUUAGAGAAGCCAACAGACUUCUCCAACAUUAUCACUGUGUCGGGGUUUAAUGAAUUUUAGGCCUUUUUUGCUUUUUUUUUUUGGAACAUUUAUUGCUAUGAUAUUAUUUUCAUUUCCAUCUACAAUUUCUUUGUGUCUUUCUCUCUGUGAAGCUGGUGAGAGUGAGGGGAAAAAGAAAAAAGAAGUAAAAUUAGGAUGAGACACAGAAAUUGGGGACAUUUUUAGGUGUAUUUUCAUGCUGAACUAAAACAAGUAUCCUUCUUUAAAAAAUAUAUAUAUUGCCCCCUUUCUCUUUGUAUGUGAGUAGUGGUAUAGUUUUCUUUUCUGAUUGAAAUCUUAUUAUUAAUCAUCAAGCCAAAAAAACACGCUAGUGAUUGUGUUUUUUUGACAUUGGACUGUUUCAAAGUUUAGGAAGUACAAACAAACCCAAGUAAGCUUUGGAUACCACCCACCCUCUCUCUCUCUCUCUCUCUCUACCAGGUGUUCUUGUUUUGGUUUUG